AUUACCCAUAAUACAAAAUGGAAGAAGAAACCAAGAGAAUUCACAGUAGGAUUCAAGCUGUCUUUAGGACUUGGUACGAAGGGAUUGAAGAUAUGGAGACUCCUCCUGAGGAGGGAAGAGUAAAUAAAUGGUUUUUAGAGGAUCCGGAGUUUGAUCAAGAGAUAAGAGAUGCUCAUGUUGGUGAUUAUGAUGAGAUUGUAGCAGAUGAAGGGGAGAGUUGGGCGAAGGUACCAGGGGGGAAGAUGGCAGUGAUUCUUGUAACAGAUCAGUUUUCUAGGAAUAUGUUUAGGAAGACUUCUAAAGUGUUUGCUUCGGACUUUAUUGCUCUUAAGUUAGCAAAGGAGAUGCUUGCUAAUGGAGAGUACGAUGAGCUCGAGUUCUGUAAAUAAAAUAUUCUGCUACGUUCCUUUGGAGCAUAGUGAGGAUGUUGAAGACCAAGCCCAAUGUGUUAAAGCAGUUAAUGAUAUACUAGAGAAUCCAGGAAAUGAACAACAGAAAAGAUAUGCUGAAUAUGUUUUGCCAUAUAUCGAGAAGCAUCAAGAAAUAAUAGAAACCUUCGGAAGGUUCCCCCACAGAAACGAAUAUUUAGGAAGGGAAUCCACUGAAGAAGAGAUUGAGUUUCUAAAGACAUGUAACAGAUAUGGGCAGUAAAUAUUAAGAUACUCCACAAUCCUUAACCACAAAGUUUUUUUAAGGUUGGU